AAACGGAGCCCAGCUGCCGCCGCCGCCGCCAUGUUCUCGGGGCUUGGCUUUCCCGGUUCACUCGCGUCAAAACUUCCACCCUGCUGAGGUCACAGCUUCAUUUGCAUUCCGGAGGGGGGGGAGAGCUCGGCCAAUCGGGAGCGUGCGGGCUGGUGACGCCUCGGUUUCCAAGCGUAUUAAGAGCCCUGCGCUCAGCCCGAGCCGGUCGAAGCCAACCAGAGGGCUGGGGAGAGCGGCGGACGUGAAGGGAGCCUCCACCAAAGACCAUCGUUAAGCAGCAACAGCCGCGGCGGCUUCCGCGGGAAACGGACCGAGCCCAGGCUGCGCUGCCAUUGCCUCUUGCCGACCCGCACGUUCUCUUAAAAACAGCCCGGAGCCUUAAAGGGACCGCCCCGACCUCUCCACUAAGCCAGCCAUGAGCCAAAUCCAGCGCUGGAAUGGGAGCUGCGUUAGCAACUGCAGCCGGGCGGACAUGGUGCCGGAGAUCGCCGCCGCCGUGGGCUUCGUGUCCAGCCUCCUCCGCACCCGCGGCUGCGUUAGCGAGCAGCAGCUUCAGGUUUUCAGCGGGGCCCUGGAAGCGGCGCUCACAGGUGAGAGGACGGAGCCCCCUCCGAAGGAUAAGCGGGGAUGUCUUUCUCUCUUGGACUCAUGGUGGGGUCAGUUUCCUGGGCCAGGUUACUUUUCCCCGUCGCUGAACAAGUGAGGGACACCCACCGGUUUGCUGCGAUCUCCUCUUGUCUUUCCUCCCCACCCCCGUCAGUUUUCUAGAUGUCAGCAUCCCUAGGAAAAAUCUUGGGUCACUUAGAUCAGGUUAUGUCUCUCUUCUCCCUACCCCACCUCCCAAAGCCAAACGCAAAACUUUUUUUUAAAAAAAAAAUUCCUCACCUAUAGCUGUGUAAAGAUGCAGUGGUUGGAGAGAAUUACCUCCGCUUCGGUGGGAGACUUUUUUGUUUCUAGCAAAGCAUUCUCUAACUGGGUAUAUCAUUGCUGUAAAAUAAAAAAUUCAGACUGGAAAGCAUCAACACAAUCUGUUGGCUGUGCUUUCUCCCUUCUCUCUUCCUCUUCCCCUCCCCACGUUAAUGUUAUGACAUCAGACAAAAACUUUUUUGAGCUACAAGGGUGUGGGAGAGGAGAGCUCUUUGUUCUUGUCAAAGAGGAAGCUUGAUAGUGGCAGAAGCCACUAGGAAGUUCGUUUUGUGCAAUCUUUGCCCCAAAGCACUGGGAGGAUCAGAAGGGCAUGCUCGUUAAUGGGUUCUGUGGAGAUCUGAACCCCUUUGUGGAGAUCUGAACUCCUGCGAACUACAUGGCUUUGUCUGAAGCAACUAGUGUCAAUAGUUGUAGAGAAUCUUAUAGUUAAGUUUGUUCUACAGCUGCUUGAAGUAGAGGCAUAAUUCUUCUGCCGCAAACUUAAUAGCCAUGGUGUUUGUGCUUUUUGGAUAAUUUAUUCUCCCGAAGUACAAUCUCAGACACACUUACUCAGACGUGUAUCUCCACUGAGUUUAAUGGGACUAACACUCAAGAGCUGCUAGCAACUGAGUAGCCUCUAUUGAGAAGGCUGUCUUAAUCACUGCCCCUCUAUUGUGUUACUGGAUAUAUAAUGCAAUUAGAAGGGUUUCCCUAACAAAUUAAUUAUGGGAUAGAGCUGUACUGUCAGUUUGGGGUACAGAGGUGAGGAUUGCCAGGGAUGCAUGCUAAUGACAUUGUCUGCCAAGGAGCUUUAAGUGAUUAGUAAAGUACUUUGGCUAAUGCAUCAGUUAAACCUCCUGGAAACUUUAGUGCUUGGCUUCUAGGUUCCUGGUACUCCUGACCAAAAAAAAAAAAAAAAAGCAUCCUUACUGCCAAGCCUCAGAACUUGUCCACAACUAUUCCUGUAACUCCCUUUUUAUAUUCCUCAUGGGAAAUGAUGGUUCAGUUGUCAAUGGAAAAAAAAGCCCUAUUGAACUCAAAGCAGCUUAUUAGAACAAACCUUUUAUGGUGCUAGGACUUGGUCUGUGUAAAAGGUUUGCCUUAAUGAAUUUUUGAAAAGAUUGAGAGCAUAUGGAAGUUGAAAUCAGGAUGAUUGAUGUCAGAGUCUGUAUCAAACCGAAGGCAUAGGAUGGGAGCCCAAAUAAAACACCAAGCUAGCAGCUGUACAUUGCUUUGUGUAAAAUGUCUCUUGUGUUUCAACAACUAUUCACUGUGAUCACUUACCAUUCUUGGUGUUUCUUUUUGUGCCCUUGCAGAGCAUUAUAAACAUCACUGGUUUCCUGAGAAACCCUUCAAAGGUUCUGGCUAUCGCUGCAUCCGUAUCAACCAUAAAAUGGACCCUAUCAUCAACAAGGCAGCUAGCCAGAUUGGACUCAACCUCCAGCAGCUAUAUCAGCUCCUGCCCAGUGAACUCACACUCUGGGUGGACCCUUAUGAGGUAUCCUACCGGAUUGGUGAGGAUGGAUCCAUCUGUGUUCUAUAUGAAGCACCUGCAGCACCUGUGAGCUCCUAUGGGAUGCUCACCUGCAAAAAUCAGAUGAUGCUGGGGCGCACCAGCCCUUCCAAAAGCUACAUGAUGACAGUCUCCAGCUAAGCACUCCCCGUUGUCCUUACACUGCCAAGACAUGGGCUACUGUAUACCUCACCUGAGGAUGUAUUUUUUUAAAAAUGAAGAGCUAUUUAUAUUUUUUUUAAAAAGAGAAAAUCCAAAAUGAAAUCAAAUAGUAGGCACCACUCUUCCGUGGAGUGGUGUUGAGGUGCCUUUUUAAAAGCUGUUGCAAGCUUGCGAGUCUAUUUUAAAAAAAAAAGCCAAUAUCUACCUAAUUGGUGUUGGAUGACAAUUCUGGAGGGUUGACCUACCUACCUGGGAAAUGCAGGGUUGGAAACAAAAGGGGGGUGGGGCAGGGCACAGCACUUUUCAGCAGUGACUAACUAUGGGGUAAGUGCUACAACAACUGUGAAUCUAAAGGCCAGGAUGGUAGUACUUAAGUCAUGAACCCUACAUGUUGAGAUCGGGGUGUCAUGGCCUCAUUCUAGCUGUGACAGUUUUCCUUAAAAGUCCAUUCAUUUUUAUUAAACUGAUAUACAAGUUCUGCUUCACCACCAGCUUCACCCACUAUCCUAAUCUGAGCAAUUCCUUCUGCUUUCUCAUGGCUUAAAAGCAUUUUACUAAAACACAGUCUCAAUGAUAGCCACUUUCUUUGGUCUAUUGGGUGUUGAGUUUCUUAAGUGCCAGCCCAUCUUUUUGCACAAAACUUGAUUUCUUUCUUUCUGCACCGCAUCCUGUACCUCAUGCUCAUGCAAAAUUCCAGUUGGCACCCAAAUGUGUGGUUUCUAAAAUCAUAAGGAGAUUUGCUUGGGUAGGAGCACCAGGAUCUGGGCUGCAUCACUGGCUGGUCACUCUAGCAGUCAGCUCCCAUAAAACAAAAAAGUGCAAUGGCCAGGCCAAUGUGAACUAACCUACCUACUGGGAGAUGGCCUUGAUCAGGGUUUUAUCUGUUCUGAUGCCUUUAUCUUGACCUUGUAAAAUUCCUGACUAUGCUGCCAAUAACUGCUGAGACGUGAUUUCAAAACCAGGGCGCUUAACUUUUUUCUUUUUUUAAAGACCAACGUCUUCAGAGCACAAGGUGUUCUUGGUUUUUCUCUUUGAAGGGAUGACUGCUUUGCCAUCCCCAGAGCUUUUCCUCCUCUGCCUUUCGUGAAUUGAGUUCUCAAGACACUGUGCAAUAUAUUUUCCUAAAAUUUGGGCACUCUGGAGGAGGAGAGGCUUCUGAGGGACAGUUUUCUGUUCUCGAAGCAGCUAUUAACUUUUCAAAACAUUUUCUCACACAACUCUUAAAAUGUUUUGUGCUCAAGUGUAUGAAUGUUUGAACAGGGAAAUCUCAGCACUGCAGUGGCAUACCAUUGAGGGGGUAUUGUACAGAAUAGGGUUUUUUUAAAGACCACCUUUUUAAAAAGCUGGAACCUGCCAGGAAGUUCUCCUGGGCAACCUCUAUUGAAAUGGAUAGAAGUUUAACAAGAGUGUCAACUACACAGUUCCUAUUCAUUUCAGUUGGGUUUGCAUGGUGGGAACUUCCUUGCACCCCAAAUUUUCUAGCAGGUGCAUCAGCCCAUCUGUGAAAUCAUUUUAAUUUCUUCAGGCUCAAUAUGUGAAGCUUCUAGUGUUUGAGCAUCAGACCCUCCAGUCCAUAAAUGCAAAGGUUGUAAAGCACUAAGGGUCCCCUGUAAGCUUAAAAGAUGUGCUGCCACUCCGUUAGCAUACUUGUGCAAUAUUUGGUAGCAUGACAAGGGGAACACUUUCUGCACUGUAGCUUUCCCCCCUCCGAGGAAAGAUUCUGUUCAAAGUCUACCUGGGAGGUUUGUUCCUUAUCUGGUGCAUUGAAAACAUGAUACGAGUGGGAACUGUAACAUGUCCAGGAAAAAAUAAGUUGGUUUUGCUACACUCCCUGCCUCCACAUGGAAUUUCCCUAAUGCCAGUACUUGUUUGGCUUGCCAGAUUGGCAUGAUCAAUGCAACUCUGUUUAAAUGUAUCUUAGUAGUUUCCCUUAUUCCUUCUUUACCAACGAAGGGUGCUUCUAAAAAAACAAGCUCUUAUUCCAUCUCCUUUGUUUCCCCCCCCCCUCCCCAACAUCUUUGAAGGAUUGAUUGGGGGAACAGAAAAGGUUACCAAAUAUCAUGCUAUUGUACCAGGCAUGGAAUCUAGUAUUAAGAUUUUUGUUGUUGUUAGCAUUAAGCGAACCAAAUUUGGCCAAAAUCUGUUUUGUAACGUGCAUGUAAAAGCUGUGAAUUGAUGUAUGCUCUUUGUUGCCUUCUGACUACAAGCCUGACACAAACUGUUGCAGUGCUGACUAGCUGUGAUUUAGGAACAGCUUAUGGGUGUGAGUGUGUGCCCUUUCCUCUCUUUCUUUUCAAAAACGUUUGCAAAACUUGAGCUGGACUGUUGAGCGGGACCUACUUUUCAUAAUUGGUGAAAAUAAUACAAAGUUUGUAAGCUAUUUUGUGUUGGGGGGAUGAUUAUUGUACAAUAGUGUUUUUAUAUGCAAAAUGUACAGAUAUAUUGAAAAAUGUACACUUUUGUUACUUUAAUAAAAAUGUAGCAAUUUAAAUACGUUGCUGGAAAUAAUCCGAGGCACUGGCUCAUUCUUUGCAAUAAGGGGUCCAACCUAUCUGGUUCUUAAAUAAAGAGCAUUGCAACAAUGCUGUUCCUACUCAGAGUAGGCCCAUUAUAGUCAACAGGCAUAACUAACUUGGGCUUGUUAGUUUCAAUGGGCUAGGGUCCUACUGUGAGUAGGACUUAGUUGAUUGACUGCAACACUAUGUCUACAAUAUGAUAAUUUUGUGUUUGAAAAAUACCGUAUUUUUUGCACCAUAACACUCACUUUUUUCCUCCUAAAAAGUAAGGGGAAAUGUCUGUGCGUGUUAUGGAGGGAAUGCCUACGGGUGGCAUGCCUACGGAUUUUCCUCCUCUAAAAACUACGUGCGUGUUAUGGUCGGGUGCGUGUUAUAGAGCGAAAAAUACGGUAGCUUAUUGGUGAUGCAGAAAAAGGAUGGGGAUCUUGUGGCCCUUCAGAUGAUGAUGGUAAUGAUAGACCUGCCAAUUUCCAUCAGCUCCAGCAGAGAUGUUGAGAGUGGUAGACCAACAAUAGAUUCCCCACCCCUGUUAUAGAGCUGUCAUAGUUUGCUGGUUAUAUCUCCCAUUUUUUUCCUCCAUCCUCCUAUGGGCCUCUGGUCAAGCUGUUUUUUCAAGACACUGUACCCAUAUCUCAAACAGUGCUUGGGACCACUAGAAAUGCGCAGAAGCAGCCCUAACGGGGAUUUAUGAUGGAUUUAUAGUUACUGUGUGCCUUCAAGGCAAGGCCUCAGGAGGGGAGGGGAGGGGAGGUCCAGGGCUCUGCUUGGCCAAUGAGCAGGAUAGCCCCCUCUCACCUCCCCACAGCAGGGCUAACCUGCCACAUUUUGAAGUGAAGUAAUACAUGUGGCUAUUGAAAGAAGCGUUUGUGUCGCCUAACUGUGCCAGUAGAUAGCAUUUUAGGUGGAUUAUUUGUAGUAAGUACGAAGAUGCAAUAACGGGAUUACUUUAAGGAGUUAGUACAUCUGAAUCAUACACCUCAUUCCAAGUGUCCUAGAAACUCUAGGGCUGCUUGUGGAUGGUGUCGUCCGAAUACCUUGUGCUUUGCGAGGGGAAGAGGCAGCAGGGAUGUGGGUAGCAGGUGAAUGGGUUGCAUUUAGCCAGCUGUGCUUGAGGGUAUGCUGUGAUGGCUCCCAGGAUUAAAGGCACUGCAGAGCCCUUCCAGGUACCAAGGGGACCAGCGGCGUAGCAUGGGUUGUCAGCACCCGGGGCAAGGCAAGUAAUUUGCGCCCCCUAACCCGGGGCAAGGCAAGUAAUUUGCGCCCCCUAACCCCUAACCUGCCGCCGCUGCCAGCUUCUUCUUGCUGCUGCCUGGGCUGGUCUGGUGUGGUUCUCUCCCGCGCUCAGCGCUGCGCUGGGCGGCCGCUGCACUGUCCCUCCCCCAGAUAGUCCCUCGCUCUCUCUCCGCACCGCAUGCCUGGCACCCACCCCCUCCACAGUGGGCGGCGACCCAGCGGCUCGGAUCGGAUUCGCACAGCCAGCACUGCAGUGAGAGAGAGUGAGUGAGCCAGGUAGGGGCAGAGAGCUGCGAGUGCGAGCGCCCCCCCCCAGAUGUUGCGGCCGGCCCCCCCUGCACCCCCCACGCUACGCCACUGAAGGGGACAAGUGAUACUGGCAAGGAAACAGCUCUGCAAGGUUGUGUUCCCAAAUGCAGAACAGGUGCUGACUGCUUCCCAUAAAUAAUGAUGAUGGUGAUGAUGAUGAUGAUGGUAAAUGAAAUGUGCCAGUUGUUACACUAGACAUGAUCUCAAAAUACAGUUGCUUUCCAAGUGAUCUGACUUCUGCCUUGCAAGGACUGCCUGUAUUGCGAUCUGUCCCCAGUUUGCCAAGUCUUAAAGGGUUUUAUGGCAGUCCCUGGAGUUUGGUUCCCCAUCCCUUGGCCAAGCUACUAUGAUCUCUACCUUUUUAAUAAUUUUUUAAAUUAAUUUCCAUUUCCCCACAUGUUAAAACAACAUAACUUGCAACAAACACGUCAACCUCAUUGCUUAAAAAUACCACUUUUUUACAGUUCACUCCAAUAAAAUCUUUCCACAUAUUAUCUUUACAUUUUAACUUGUACUGAGAUUUUUUUUAAAAGCACAGUGCUCUAAUGGAGUGUUUUGAGGGGACAGAUUGGGCUUUUU